ACCUGAUCACCUUCCCCGACCUAGCUAGCUAACUUCACAAUCCAUCCCAUCUCACCAUCUACUAUAUAUCUUUCCCUGAUACUAUCUAUCUCUGAAUUGUUACGUGUGUGACCCUCAACGCAGAGAGAGGACAAAACAUGUAUUUAUGUUGUGCUUUCUUUGCAUGACCAUCUUUGUCCCCCUACUGUUAGAUAGAAAGGUAAAUACAUAGAUAGAUAUACCGGACGUACGUAGUACUACUAUUACUUAUACAGAGUCAUGGACAUGUCUAGUGAUGAUCAUGUUGAAGAAGAUCAUCAUAAACAUGAAGAAAUGGAGGAGGAGAUGGAAUUGGAGGAGGAAUUUCCUCAUCAAGAUCAUCAGCUCAAAGGGAAGAAAAAAUCAUGGUCAAAGUUGCGAAGAUACGACUCCUUGGACGUCGAAUCCAGAAGCGUACGAGGUCAUGUACAUGGUGGCCAUGGCUCCAAGGGUGCAGAGUGGUCGGUGAUAUUGCACCUAGCAUUUCAGAGCAUCGGAAUAGUGUACGGGGACAUUGGUACAUCUCCACUCUAUGUAUUUUCCAGCACAUUCUCAAACGGCAUCAUCAAGCAUAAUGAUGAUAUUUUGGGUGUUCUCUCCAUGAUCUUUUACACUCUCACCCUCAUCCCUUUGGUUAAAUAUGUCUUCAUCGUCUUACGAGCCAAUGAUAAUGGCGACGGAGGAACAUUUGCGUUGUACUCUCUCAUAUGCCGAUAUGCAAAGGUGGGUUUGAUCCCUAGUCAGCAAGCUGAGGAUAGGGAGGUCUCGAAUUUCAAGCUUGAGUCGCCAAACGAUCGUCUAAAGAGGGCAUCGAGGCUUAAGUCCAAGCUUGAAAGUAGCCAGUCUGCCAAGUACUUCCUUUUGUUCGCCACCAUGCUUGGUACUUCCAUGGUUAUUGGCGAUGGCGUGCUUACUCCUUGCAUCUCAGUUUUAUCAGCCGUGGGAGGGAUCAAGCAAGCUACAUCUGCAAUGACAGAAGAUAUGAUUGUUUGGAUAUCAGUUGUCAUCUUGGUCUGCCUAUUCAUGCUUCAAAGACUUGGAACUGACAAAGUCGGCUACAGUUUUGCUCCAAUAAUUUGCAUUUGGUUUGCAUUCAUUGGUGGCAUUGGAUUUUUCAACUUUAUUAAGUUUGAUCCAACUGUUGUCAAAGCUCUAAACCCACAGUACAUUUUGCAAUAUUUUCGGAGGAACAAAAAAGAAGCAUGGAUAUCCCUUGGUGGCAUUGUGCUUGCCAUAACAGGAACUGAAGCCCUAUUUGCCGAUGUUGGUCACUUCACAGUUCCUUCAAUACAAAUAAGCAUGUGUUCAGUGACCUAUCCGGCACUUAUAUUUGCAUAUACUGGUCAGGCUGCCUAUCUUCGCAAGCACAAUGAACAUGUUGCAGAUACCUUCUUCAAGUCUAUACCAGACUCUUUGUAUUGGCCAAUGUUUGUUCUAGCCGUAUUGGCGGCCAUCAUAGCUAGCCAAGCCAUGAUUUCAGGAACUUUCUCUAUAAUCCAACAAUCCCUGUCACUGGGGUGUUUCCCUCGGGUGAAGAUUGUGCAUACAUCGGCUAAGUAUGAGGGACAAGUUUUCAUACCAGAAAUUAAUUACCUCCUUAUGCUGGCUUGUGUUGGGGUCACUUUAGGAUUCAGGAACACCACAAGGAUUGGCAAUGCAUACGGGAUAGCAGUGGUAUUUGUCAUGACUCUCACAUCGUCCUUCCUCGUACUUAUCAUGAUCAUGAUAUGGAAAACCCCCAUACUUUUCAUUAUCUCCUAUGUUUUUGUUAUUGGCACUGUGGAACUGCUGUAUUUAAGCUCAGUCCUCUACAAAUUUGACCAAGGAGGAUAUCUUCCCCUAGCCUUUGCUGCAGUACUGAUGUCUAUAAUGUAUGUGUGGAACAAUGUGUACAGAAGAAAGUACUACUAUGAGCUUGAUCACAAAAUCUCUCAGGAUAAGCUCAUAGAGGUUGUCAAUGACACAAACUUCUGUCAAAUCCCCGGGCUUGCCAUUUUCUACUCCGAGCUCGUUCAGGGAAUCCCACCCAUUUUCAAGCACUACAUUGAAAAUGUGCCUGCAUUGCAGUCGGUUCUCAUUUUCGUCUCCAUCAAGUCACUGCCCAUAAGCAAAGUUCCAGUUGAAGAACGCUUCCUUUUUCGUCAAGUGGAGCCCAAGGAUCAGCUGAAUGUGUUUCGUUGUGUGGUGAGAUACGGAUAUACGGAUGUGCGUAACGAGCAAGAGCCCUUUGAGACGAUGUUGAUUGAGAAACUGAAGGAGUUUAUUAGGGAUGAGGUUUGGUUUUCCCAAAGAGAAAAUAGUGCAGAACAAAAUGGUGAAACGUUUGAAGGGGAGAGUGAAAAUAAGGAUCAUGUAAAGGCGCAAGUUGAUGAAGAGAGGCGAUGGGAGGCAGUGGAUAGAGAGAUGGAGGCAGUGGAAAAAGCAUGGCGUGCAGGGGUUGUCCACUUGAUUGGCGAGAAUGAAGUGGUGGCAGGCGAAGGAGCUGGCAUUGGGAAGAGAAUUUUGAUAGAUUAUGCUUACAAUUUCCUGAAGAGAAACUUGAGGCAAAGUGAAAAGGUGUUUGAUAUUCCUCACAAACGCAUGCUAAAAGUGGGCAUGACUUACGAGCUUUAGAAUUUACAUGCACGAUCAUGCGAAGAUAAACGGACGACGUCCGUGCAUGCAUGGGGUCGUUAGACGACUCUUCAGAGCAAAAGAAAGUAUAGCUAUGGUUAUAAAUGUUGCAUGAUUCCCCUUGUAAUCUGCCAUA